CCCAGGGCCUAAAACCCUCAAAAACCUAACCUCUUCGCGGCGCCUUCGUCUCUCUACUUCCCCACUUCUAUUCUCAUGCUCCCUCUCUUGUCUCUCCGCGCCCCCUUCUCCACGCACAGACCUCGAAACCCCAAACACUGACCGCUGAUCGAUACUUCCCGUCCAUCAUCAGAUUGCCGUUCAGAAAAUGCUUGAGGUCUAUCGUAACAGCUCCAGCUCCAUCGAGUGGAAGCCAUCGCCGGUAGUGGCCCUAGCAACCAGCGUCGACGACUCCCAGGUUGCCGCCGCCCGCGAGGACGGUUCGCUCGAGAUUUGGCUCGUCUCUCCCGGCGCUGUCGGCUGGCACUGUCAGCUGACGAUACAUGGAAAUCCUAAUUCUCGAGUUUCGUCGCUCGCGUGGUGCCGUUCUGCUUCCAGAGGCGCGCCUCCAGGUCGUUUGUUCUCGUCCAGUAUAGACGGAUCAGUGUCCGAGUGGGAUCUCUUUGACUUGAAGCAGAAGACUGCUCUAGAGUCGCUUGGUGUCUCAAUUUGGCAAAUGGCUGUGGCACCUAGCAGUGGUCCAGAACUCCAUGCAGAGCAGGAAUCCCACAACAUUGGAAAUGGGUAUUCAAAUGAUAAAAUCGACGAGGCUGAUGAUUAUGGAACCAAUGAAAGUGAGGACGAUGCAGAUUCAGUUGAGCUCUCUGAGCAACCAGUCAACGAAAACCUGUCCGUAGCACUGGCUUGUGAUGAUGGAUGUGUGCGAAUAUACAAUAUAUCUGACACAGAGGAGUUAGUUUACAAUAAAUCAUUGCCUAGGGUCAGUGGGCGCAUUUUGAGUGUGACCUGGAGUGCCAAUGCAAAGAUGAUAUAUUCGGGGAGCAGUGAUGGGUUUAUAAGAUGCUGGGAUGCUAAACUGGCUCAUGAGAUUUACAGGAUAACAGCAGGACUGGGAGGACUGGGCAGUGGUUCAGAUCUCUGCAUAUGGUCUUUACUUGCCCUGAGGUGUGGGACACUUGUCAGUGCAGAUAGUACCGGUAGUGUUCAGUUUUGGGACAGUCAACAUGGAACUCUUUUACAGGCUCAUUCUUUACACAAAGGAGAUGUCAAUGCUCUGGCUGCAACCCCUGGCCAUAACAGAGUUUUUUCUGCUGGUUCUGAUGGUCAGGUUAUUCUUUAUAAGCUCUCUAGCAGUACAACUGGAUCUGCUGAUAAAAAUUCAUCUUCAAAAGAGAUGAAGCAAUGGGUCUAUGUUGGUUAUGUAAGAGCCCAUACGCAUGAUGUCAGGGCCUUGACUGUGGCUGUACCCAUCAGCCGAGAAGAUCCGCUUCCGGAUGAAAAGGUAAAAAGGGUUCGCUGUAGAGAGAAGCCAAUUGAUUUUAGUUAUCAUAAGUGGGCCCAUCUGGGAGUUCCUAUGCUUGUCUCUGCUGGUGAUGAUACUAAACUCUUUGCCUACUCUGCCAAGGAAUUCACUAAGUUCUCUCCACAUGAUAUCUGCCCUGCACCUCAAAGAGUACUUAUUCAACUUGUGCUGAGUACAGCUGUUAAUCAGACACCUUUGCUUCUAGUUCAGGCUCCUAAUUGGUUAGAUAUUCUCAGUCUUCGUACAAAAAAUGGUGCUGUUCCUGGUGUGGGUACUAGCCCUUCUGGAAUUGUUACAAGCACGGAGUUGUUGGCUCGAGUUAAAAGUAAGGCAUCUCAGAAGAUUAUUUGCAGCACCAUUUCUACUUCAGGGGCGCUUUUUGCUUAUUCAGACCAUGUGAAACCCAGCCUGUUUGAACUGAAGAGGUGUGGUGUUGGAAAAAGUGCGUGGGCUGUUAAUAAAAGGAAACUACCUCGGAAGCUUCCAUUUGCCCAUUCCAUGAUUUUCAGUUUUGAUUCUUCUCGCCUGAUAAUAGCUGGACAUGACAGAAGGAUAUAUGUUGUUGAUGUGGGAAGCUCAGAUCUAUUGCACACCUUUACUCCUUGCCGUAGUGAGCAUGAUGAAGAAUUGCCCCCCAGUGAGCCUCCUAUAACAAGGAUGUUUACCAGUUCUGAUGGGCAGUGGCUAGCUGCUAUAAACUGCUUUGGGGAUAUAUACCUCUUCAAUUUGGAGAUACAUAGGCAGCACUGGUUCAUUUCAAGAUUGGAUGGUGCCUCUGUUACAGCUGGUGGUUUUCCUCCACGAGACAGCAAUGUGCUAUUAAUCACCACCUCAUCAAACCAGGUUUAUGCAUUUGAUGUGGAGGCCAAACAGUUGGGUGAGUGGUCAACACGACACUCAUUUUUUCUGCCUCGAAGAUAUCAAGAAUUUCCUGGGGAAGUUCUUGGGGUUUCUUUCCUGCCGUCCUCAAGCUCAUCGGCAGUUAUCGUUUAUAGUGCCAGGGCAAUGUGCUUGAUUGAUUUUGGGAUGCCGGUGGAUCGAGAUAAUGACAGUGACUUGAUUAAUGGUUUGGAUUCAUCAUCAAAGAAGUUGCAAAAUUCUCCCAUCAAUGGAAGACUGAAACGUAAGUUGCAAGACCAUAAUUUAGAAGUCAAACUAAUUGGUAGGAAGAAUUUUGAGUUUUGUGCUUUCAGAGAUCCUGUUUUAUUUGUUGGGCACCUUUCAAAAAAUGCCAUCUUGGUUAUAGACAAACCUUGGAUGGAGGUGGUCAGAACUUUUGAUGCCCCGCCUGUUCAUAGACAUAUUUACGGGACGUAAUUAGCUCAUCAAAGAUGGUUUUUUUUAUAGCCUACGAGGGAGAGUGGCAAGCAAUCCCUUAUUCAAUUUUGCACUUCUAUGUGCGCACUGCCUCACUUUGUUUUCUUGUGGAGAGGGGGGGAAUAGGUCCGAAGCAUGUUGUGUAAUGUAUUCGUUAAUUAUGCUAGUUAACCUUUAUGUAGUCUUGUUUUGUAUUUUUUUUUUGUUUGAGCCAUAAUUUUAUUAACUUGCUUUGAAUUUUGCACCCCUGAUGCCAUGUUUAUGUAACAUUGGUUCAUUUGAGCAACAAAGGUAUUGAGUUUCUGUACAUAUUCUGGAAUACAAUUUCUGAAAGGACAAUAUACAUUCAGUUUAUUCCUGGCAGAAA